AUGGUUCACGUCAGCACUGCAGCAGCAGCCGUUCUGUUCCCACAGGAUAUCUACAGUACCUCCGGUCUCCUAUGGAAAUCAUAUCCUGUAGAGCUUGGGUGGACAGACACACUGUUAUUUAGAUCAUAUCCUGUAGAGCUUGGGUGGACAGACACAAGGUUAUUUAGAUCAUAUCCUGUAGAGCUUGGGUGGACAGACACAAGGUUAUUUAGAUCAUAUCCUGUAGAGCUUGGGUGGACAGACACAAGGUUAUUUAGAUCAUAUCCUGUAGAGCUUGGGUGGACAGACACAAGGUUAUUUAGAUCAUAUCCUGUAGAGCUUGGGUGGACAGACACAAGGUUAUUUAGAUCAUAUCCUGUAGAGCUUGGGUGGACAGACACACUGUUAUUUAGAUCAUAUCCUGUAGAGCUUGGGUGGACAGACACACUGUUAUUUAGAUCAUAUCCUGUAGAGCUUGGGUGGACAGACACAAGGUUAUUUAGAUCAUAUCCUGUAGAGCUUGGGUGGACAGACACAAGGUUAUUUAGAUCAUAUCCUGUAGAGCUUGGGUGGACAGACACAAGGUUAUUUAGAUCAUAUCCUGUAGAGCUUGGGUGGACAGACACACUGUUAUUUAGAUCAUAUCCUGUAGAGCUUGGGUGGACAGACACACUGUUAUUUAGAUCAUAUCCUGUAGAGCUUGGGUGGACAGACACACUGUUAUUUAGAUCAUAUCCUGUAGAGCUUGGGUGGACAGACACAAGGUUAUUUAGAUCAUAUCCUGUAGAGCUUGGGUGGACAGACACAAGGUUAUUUAGAUCAUAUCCUGUAGAGCUUGGGUGGACAGACACAAGGUUAUUUAGAUCAUAUCCUGUAGAGCUUGGGUGGACAGACACAAGGUUAUUUAGAUCAUAUCCUGUAGAGCUUGGGUGGACAGACACACUGUUAUUUAGAUCAUAUCCUGUAGAGCUUGGGUGGACAGACACACUGUUAUUUAGAUCAUAUACUGUAGAGCUUGGGUGGACAGACACAAGUUUGUACUGA